AUGGGAGGCGCUUUCUUCGGGGCAAAAUUUCUGCGCCGCCAAGGCUGCCACUACUGCGUCGCCGGAAACGACAAGGAGAAGAGAAAGAGCGGAAGAGCUGAGAGUAGUAGUGUUAUCAGGAGAAGAAUAGUAAGAGGAGGAGGAGAAAGAAGUUUGAGUGUAAAUGAUGAUGACGAUGGAAAAACAGUUAAGAGGGAGAAGAAGAAGAAGAAGAAAAUAAAAUGCGUGAUUAUCCCGGGAUUUUUGCGAGGACACGAGAGUUACCGGGAGAUGCGAGAGCACGUGGAGACGGUUUUGAAGGAGUUUCGAAAUUCUUUGGAGGAGGAGAGUAAUCUCGACGUGUUGGACGUUUCCGUGGCGAAAAUUGAGAGAGAUUGGUGGAUUCCGGUGACUUUUCGAGGAGAAAGCUUGAGGAAAAUCUUGGACGCGAUCGAAGACGCCAUCGCGUUUCGACCUGCAAAAGAGAGCGACGACGACGACGACGAAGAGGAGACGAGAAUUAUUUUGAUUGGGCACAGCGCGGGCGGUUGGAUUGCUCGGCUCUUUCUCGGCGGGAAAUCGAUAAAGUACGACGGGAAAUUGUACGAAGGAUACAAAGCUAAAACCGUGGCGGCGCUCGUCACGCUAGGUACGCCGCACAACAGCGCAGAGGCGUAUCCGUUUGGGCGGGUGAAAGAGGUGCGAACGAGAGAGAAAUCGUCAAUAAACGGAGGAGAUGACGACGAGGAGACGAGUUUACAAGAAACGCGACGAUUAUACCCGAACUGUUUCCACUCGGGGAUGAAGUACGUAACAGUACAAGGCACCGGCUUCAAAGGCAGACCGUUCAAAUUUACCGACUUCAUAUCAUCCAUCUCGAACACGACGACGACGAAAACGACGGACUGGAAAACUUUAUUCGAGGAAAUCAAGCACGGCAUUUCGUAUAAAACCGAUUGUCAGGACGCGAGCGCCGACGGCGAUAGCGUCACGUGCGUCUCGUCCGGCCUCGGAUUAGGCCCGGAAGCGAUCGAAGUCGCCAUCGAAGGCGUGAAACACGAGAAGGACGAUAUUUAUCCGUGGUACGGAAGUUUAGACGUCGUUCGAACGUGGAUGCGCCCUGUACUCGAGAUGUUGUUUUAG